GACGGGAGAGGAACUGUCAGUCAGUUGGAGUGGAACCGCGGGUCUCGCGCUCAACGAGUUUGUAAAGUCGCGGUGUUGAUUGUACCGGGGCUCGGUUCUGAACAAACGGAUUUACCGGACACCCUUUCACUUUUCCCAUGGGGAGCUGAAAGCGCGCGCUGCGGGCACAAUGUUAGUUUUUCCGGUGUUUGAGUUCGUCUUGCUCGCGUGCGCGGCCGGCUGGUCUCGUGCACUCGGCUCACGCGAUAGAAACGUCCUCGCGAGGCACGCGCGCGCUGUAUCGGAUAACCAGCUGGAGGUGUUUGGGACCACGAACAUCCCGAACCAUCUACCGGAGGAGACGUUUCCCCUGGGGACCACAGGGGCCACCACGGGGGCCACCACAGGGACCACCAUGGGGACCACCACGGUCUCUGCUUUACCCAAAACAACAGCUCAAAACUCAACAAAGCUGAACAUUUCACUCACAACUACACCGAGUUACCCGCAAAACAUCAGUCCAGCUGUGACUGCAGCACUCUUCACCACCAAAAAAGGACCUCAGUGUAACUGCAGCUCAGACGGCUCAGUGGACCCAGACAGCUGUGAUCCGCUCACCGGUGGCUGUAAGUGUUUGCACGGCUAUUCAGGACCGAGCUGUGAGCAGUGUCACAGCGGCUAUUUCAGAAACCGCACAGGUGCCUGCCAGCCGUGUGACUGUGACUCAUCCGGAGCAGCAGGGCCACAGUGCGAUAGUUCAGGCGUGUGUCAGUGUAAAACGGGAGUGUACGGCGACAAGUGUGACAGCUGCCGUCCGGGCUUCUUUAACUUCAGCACCACAGGAUGCCAAGCGUGCCAGUGCAACAAUCACUCCAGCACCUGUGACAAACACUCAGGUGUCUGUCUGAGCUGCCAGGGAAACACCAGAGGUCCCAGCUGCGCGGAAUGUAAACCAAACUUCUACCGAGAGCGCGGCUCCAGCCCGAGCAAGUCGUGCUUGCCUUGCCCCUGCUCCAGCGUCACCUCUUCAGGAAACUGCACGCUCGACGCAGUUGGCCAGCCAGUGUGCAACCAGUGUAACCCUGAGUACGAGGGACCCAACUGUGAGAAGUGCCGAGAUGGCUUCUACAACUCCGACAGUAUUUGCGUGCCAUGCGACUGCAAUGGGAAUGCCGAGCCAAGCAGCGCGCCCCGCAUCUGCCACGCGGACACCGGAUACUGCCUGAACUGCACCUACAACACCACCGGACGUUCCUGCGAGCACUGCGCGCCUGGUUUCACCGGAAACGCCCUUGCCAAGAACUGCACAGCCAUCGUGCCCACUACACCUGUGUACUCUUCCACUAUGACCCCCAGCCCGAAUGUCACUGAUCAGCUCCCCACCUCAUCCACGGCACUCCUGUCCAGCAUGACGAGCCCCACUGCCAACAGCACAUCUUCCUCUGAAGUGGUCUCCUGGGCUCAGUUCAACGUAAUCAUACUGGCCGUCAUCAUCACAGUGAUACUGGCACUGCUGGGAGCAGCAGGCGGCAUCUACACCUACCGCCACUACCAGAACCGCAAGAUCAACGCACCCUUCUGGACCAUCGAGCUGAAGGAGGACAACAUCAGCUUCAGCAGCUACCAUGACAGCCUGACCAACGCGGAUGCCUCGGGCCUGUUGGACGAUGAGGCAUGCGAGGCAGCCUCCAACGGGCAGCUCACCCUCAACAGCCCGGGGAGUUUAUACAUGCCGUACCGUGACCUUCAGUGAAAUAUGGUAGCAUAAUAUCGACUAAUCAACUUGAGAUGCUAAUUAGAAAAUUGUGAUCCAGUCCUGUAUUUUGGAAUUGCAUUUCUUUAUGUGAGUGUGCAUCAGUUAUAUGAACAUUUUUUUUUUUUUAUUUCAAUUCAGCAUAAUAAUCUAUUGCAAAAACGAUUGAGAUUGAAGAUGAAGUGAAAUUGCAAAUGGAGGCUCUUAGUAUUUCACCAAGACGGAAACGGCUGCCACGUGGCUGUCCGUACACGUUUUACUAUCGAACUUCAGUUACAAAAUCAUGCACACCCACACAGGAAAUGAAAUCAUAAAUACAUGCAGGAAUUUGCCUUUUUUAACUAGCAUUGUAAAUUUGAAUCAAGUCUGACCUACGUUCCCAUAAUGAAUGGAUUUAUUUGUUUAACGUUCAGCUUAUGGUUGAGGGGGGGGGAAGGACAUGCUUUGAUGCUUCUGAUUUUACAGGAAGUGUAGACACACAUACAUGUGAAGAAAUGCACAAUGGAGGCAUAAGCAAAGUGAGACCGCCUCCAUCGGACAGUCUCAGCAGCUCAGCCAGGUUUUACAGGGUGUGACUGUGGCACCCGGUUCUCUGAACUUUUUUUUCUUUUUUUUAUUUAACUUUAACCAAUGUGUUGUGGGACCGGACAUGCACUGAUGCUUUAGAUUUCCCUGAAAAGCUACAAACACAGACUUUAAAAAAAAAAAAAAAUGUAUAAAAGAAUUGCACAAAGGAGGAAAAGAUGUUGAGCGUUGUCAUGUGGUUGCCGGUACAAAAGCCACAUGUUAACACUGAUGAUGGUACUCAGGCAUCCAUUUCCAUCCAUCCAUAGUUCAGUGAUGUUCACGCUGGGGCACUGCCUUAUGGGAUAGAAUAGAAACACAUGCAGUUACCGAAAUGGGGCAUGUCUACAUUACGUGCGUUACGUGAAUUUUACUACUAACAAUACACUACCGUUCAAAAGUUUGGGGUCACUUUGAAAUGUCCUUAUUUUUGAAAGAAAAGCACUGUUCUUUUCAAUGAAGAUCACUUUGAACUAAUCAGAAAUCCACUCUAUACAUUGCUAAUGUGGUAAAUGACUAUUCUAGCUGCAAAUGUCUGGUUUUUGGUGCAAUAUCUCCAUAGGUGUAUAGAGGCCCAUUUCCAGCAACUACUCCAUCACUCCAGUGUUCUAAUGGUACAAUGUGUUUGCUCAUUGCCUCAGAAGGCUAAUGGAUGAUUAGAAAACCCUUGUACAAUCAUGUUAGCACAGCUGAAAACAGUUGAGCUCUUUAGAGAAGCUGUAAAACUGACCUUCCUUUGAGCAGAUUGAGUUUCUGGAGCAUCACAUUAAUUUGUGGGGUCGAUUAAAUGCUCAAAAUGGCCAGAAAAACGUCUCGACUAUAUUUUCUAUUCAUUUUACAACUUAUGGUGGUAAAUAAAAGUGUGACUUUUCAUGGAAAACACAAAAUUGUCUGGGUGACCCCAAACUUUUGAACGGUAGUGUAAUUCCACACAGAAAAAAAUCGGAUUUAGUUCAGAUUACCACGAUUUAGUUCUGAAAAGCGAGCUUUGAGGAAAUAUGAAUACACAAGAGCUGUUUUAAGUUGAAUCGAAUUAGUUUUGAAUCACUUCCCAUCACUGCAAUUCCACUGGCAUGCCUGUAGAGGGAAGUAUUUAAUCAAGAGCUGGGCACUGCACAUGCCACCUCUUACGCACUAAUCUCUCAGAAUAUGCACUACAUAACAUCUUCGCAGAGAAAGAACAGUAACUAUUUCCCUGUGGCACUACAGGCAGGUCAUCUGGAUUUUUUUUUUUAAAGAAGAAUAUACGAUUAUUUUUUCCCCCAGUUCUCGAGUGAACUUCAUGAGCAUUUUUUUUUUUUUUACAGAACAUUAGCUUCUCUGUUGCACUGUACAUUGACAUUAUUCAGGUGAUUUGUGUUGCAGCCAGUGAGGUUCAGCUCGAUGGGAUUUUUCUAUUUUAUUUUACUUUUUAAAUGAGUGACUCCUCAGUUUCCUACUGUUAAUCACUGAAAGUCUAGAUUUGACGAGUUAGAAACAGGUUCCGAAACACAUCGGUGGAAGCACUCGCAUGGAAAGUGUUGUGUCAUGAGUCACAUCGUCUGGCCAAGAAAAGCCAGGCUCGUCUGGCUCAAGUAACUUUUCAAGUUUUCUGCUCCUGAUAGAAUCAUUGCUUGAAAGUGUAUGUAAACAUAUGAGCAAACUGAGUGGUUGAUAGGAAGAACGCCAAAAAGGAAAAACAUCAAAGGGGUUACUGAAAUCACUGUAUUAAGUCAGUGAAAUGAAUGAGGAAAACACCUGAGCCAGAGCGAUAAAAAGUAGGUGAGUGAUGUGUGUGUCUGUGGUUUGCAAAAAAAAAUACACGAAAAAAACCCACUGUCAUCACAGCACAAGUGAACUGUUUGGUUUAGGCAGCUUUUAACUGAAGCACUGUGCAGUGUGUACCGGUACGUGACACCAUGUCCCAUCUCGCACCUUCUGCUACAUUCAUUAGCGCUCUUCUCGCAUCCAGGUUCUCCCCCACACUCGGGUGUGGUCAUACUGUAAAUACGUGUUGUACAGAGAAAUUAUGUUGUAAAUAAAGAUGCUGCUAUUGUAUUGUAUAGGUACGGUGGGGGAGAUGCCGCACACACACACACACACACACACAGUAGAUUUCAGAGAAAUGGAUGGCUAAAUUUAUCUGGUCGUAGGCUUUGUGUUGAAGUGCAGACCAUGCAACCAACCACACAACUAACUCUGUGAACGAUUUCAAUAAAAAAUUUUGACCAAA